GCGCCGGACGUGAUACUCCGCCGACUCCGGGGCGGGAGGGAGUGUGGACGACGGACAAGAAAAGUUUGUGGGAGAGUAGAGGGAGCGCGGUGACUGGAGAUUUCGCUGCUCUUGAUUACUUUGCCUUUUAAUCUCCCAUUCUCUUUUUGGAUCUGGUAGCAUGGACGCGCUAAAAUCUGCAGGAAGGGCUAUCAUUCGGAGUCCCAGCCUCGCCAAACAGUCAUGGGGAGGAAGCAAACACAGGAAACUGCCGGAGAACUGGACUGAUACCAGAGAAACUCUUCUGGAAGGCAUGGUUUUCAAUUUGAAAUAUUUAGGUAUGACAUUAGUGGAGCAGCCAAAAGGAGAGGAACUGUCUGCUGCUGCUGUUAAACGGAUUGUGGCCACAGCAAAAGCUAGUGGGAAGAAACUUCAGAAGGUCACAUUAAAAGCAUCUCCGAGAGGCAUCAUUUUGUAUGAUAGUUCUACACACCAGCUAAUUGAAAAUGUAUCAAUAUACAGGAUAUCAUACUGUACUGCUGACAAGAUGCACGAUAAAGUCUUUGCAUAUAUAGCACAAAGCCAACACAAUGAAACUCUGGAAUGUCAUGCUUUCCUUUGCACCAAAAGAAAAGUGGCUCAGGCAGUAACACUCACUGUGGCACAGGCAUUCAGAGUGGCAUUCGAGUUUUGGCAAGCAGCCAAAGAAGAGAAAGAAAAAAGACUGAAGUCUGGUUCAGAUGGUGAAGUGGCCAGCAGUUCCCAGUCAGAAAGCUCGGCUAGCCUAGCAAGUCUGAGGGGUGGAGAAGUGGCCACAGGAAACCUGCUAGAUUUGGAGGAUGGAAUGAUACCAACUUUAAAUGCAGAUAUUGGUGCCUGUCAUUCAGAUGAGAGCUUCACUCUGCACCACAACUCUUGUGUUAAUAACAACAUUGUAUGGGAAAUUGAUGAUGGUCUAGAUGAAGCCUUCUCAAGCCGCAGUCUGGAUAGCUUUGAAUCGGCUACAGACUCGCUGAGUCUAGAUCUAACCCCCAGGUCUUGGACAUUGGAGUGAACCCACAGGAUUUUCAGACAGAGUGCCUUUCUCCCACAGACUGGGAUAAAGCAGAUAUCAGCACGAGUGACCGAGACGACAUCUUUAGCUUCUAAGAAUUACUUCUAAAAAGUGGAGAUCCAGCGCCGCUCAAGGUUGUCUGUCUUGGAGAGACUGCUGCUAUAGCCACGAAGAAGCUUGAGCUGAAUUAAAGCGUGGACAUGGGAUGCCAUAUAUAUUUAUAUUGUCCUGUCAGCUUCCAGACGCUUCAGACCAAAGCAAUAAAACCUUUAUACCACUAUUUGUUUUUUUUUUUCUUCUGACACAGGAGUUAUUUUGUCAUUUGGAAGAUUUUUAUCUCGGCUCUUUGAACUUUUGCCUUUUUGGCAUCACAUUGUUUAAUGUGUGUGUAUAUAUAUAUUCACCUGAGACUUUUUAUAGCUUCGCCAUCUUGAUAUUUAUAAACACUUUUGUAUUGCUUUAAAAGCAUCACAGCACAUUGUUUUCAGUAGUGAUUAGUAGUACACUAUUUAUUCAGCAAUAGAUGUUUUACAAGAUUACUUGACCUGCUGAUGUGCUUUUUGUCUCUCACACCAAAUGAUCAAUGGAUGCUUUUUAAUUAAAGAUGAUUGGUAAGUUUAAUUGUUACUGGAAGCAAAAUAAUGAAAAGGUGCACUUUAAUAUACAGUUCUAAAAAGAAUCAGUGUAAUAAACUAAGAUUGUGUUUUUUAGUGCUUGAUAUGUUGCAGUUUAACUUGUUUUCCUUGAAGUGUGUGAAGACUCGGGAACCAACAGGAUUUGUCUGGAAAUUUUGUUUUAGAUUGGACUGAUGAAGUUUAAAUCUGACAUCUCAAUUGAGUUUUCACUUGCAGAAAGAGGUAAAUGGACAACUUGCUUUAAGUAAUCUGCAAAUAUCAAAGGCAAACUGCUUUUAAUUUGCCAAAGGUAUAACUGUCAAAGACCCAGAGUCUUAUAUAUAGCUCAUACAAAUCUCCUUGGAUUCUAAAGGAACACUUUUUUUUUUUUUUCUCUCGCUGUCAAUAGUUCCUUAUAUAGCCCUGUUUGAAAUAUUUUUAUACCUUCUCACCUUUUUUAAAAUCACUGUAUUGUUAGAAUUUUUGGCUGUCCUCCCCCAACACAAUAUUUUAAUAACAUCCAGUGCUAGUUACCUAUGUACCGAAUCAAUCACCAAAUAAAAUGUAUGUUAAAAGGUAUCCUUUCCUUUCUUACUCCCUAUUGCCUUGUGUACUGUGGGAAUUGAAAAGUUAGUUUUGUUUUCAAACUAGAGUAUGUCAUCUCCUACUACAAAAAACAAUGUGCACACUCCAAAAUCCUUUAUUGUCCAUAUCCAGCUAUCUAUCAAGUAGUUUAUGAGCUAACUUGGCAGUGUCUGAAAUGUACAGCAUUAUAUUCUAUUCCUAUUUUCCAUUUCCUACUCCAGCGCUUCACUGUUAAUGCUUUUACAUUAGAUUAAGUGUGUGGGUGACACUUGAACUUACUGUAAUUGUUGAAUGAUCAAGCAAACUAGAACUGCAUAAACUCAUGCUUUUUGCCUACAUCUAGCAUAUAAUGGAUGUGUGGCAUAACAUUAUAGAAAAUAAUUUUGCUGUUAAUCUAGAUUGUUAAAUGAAAAAUACUCUAUGCUGUUCUGCUUCUUUCAUUAUUUUACCUGUGCUUAUUUAUCUUCUGUGUUUUUGAUUUAUGGAGACAUCAUAGUCUUAGUCUUUAAACAAGAGGUUCUUUUCACUAAUGCUUUAACUCUUCCCAACCCUAAGCUAUUUUUCAAACGGUCACCUUCACGUAAUUUGAACCUUUUUCUUUAAGUGACAUGUCGGCUCGGUCAGUGUAUCCCUACACUCAAUUCAGUGCUAUUAAAUUAGAGAAACUAUUCAUUGAUCUAGCCACCUGCAUUCUGUUUACCAACUUCCAGUGGCGUUGAGCCAUUUAUGAUAAAUCUUUUCUGUUGAAACUAAUAUCAGAAAACUUACAUUUCGGAAUUCAAGAUUAGUGUUUUCCUAAAAUAACCCUUGGGGGAUCCCUUUUGGGAGCUUUAUAAUGUGGUUCAGAUAUAACCUUAAAUGGUCAGCCAAAGGGCAACUGCUUUAAAAAGUGUUGUACUAAUUAAGCUUGAAAUAAUAAAAAAAAAAAAAAGUAGUGCAGUUGCUCAUAUUCCAUUUCAACUGCAGUGUUAAUUUAAUCUUUGGAUCAAACUUUCAUUGGGGACAUAGUAUGCAUAAGAAUGUGGGACUUUAUGGUGUUGAGUUUAAAUAACGGCAUGACUGGUGUAGGCAUUACAAGUUAAGAGUUCAAGUGUUUAAUUUGUAUUACUGAAUUGUUUGUUUGUUUUUUUUCCAUAUUUAAUCCCUCAGGUUGCAUGUGUUAUUUAAAAUAAAAGCUUUGAUCAUUUACCAGAAACUUUAAA